AUCAGCUUUCUAUUAAACAAUAAUAUGACUUAUUUUUGUUCUUGACAUAAAAAAGACCAAAUAGAGGACUAGAAUACCCAACAUUUUAAAAAAUCCCCAAAAGUCCAAAACCAUACUCGUUGCUUCUCCUUCCAUCGCCACACAUCAUUAGUCAUCAUGCAAUCGUCGCACCAAAUCACCGCACCUCCAUCUCCGACCGUCGCACUGGCUUCACCUCCAGGUCGCUCUUUCGCCAUCAACUCCGACUUCAUCACCUCGCCGCUGACUCUGCCCUCAUCAGAUGUUGUAGCUGUCAUUCUACUUCUUCUAUUUUUCUAACCGAUCAAUGAAUCUAUGGCUAGGUGGAGUGGCGAUAUUAAAAGCAAUCUGUUUGGGUUUCAAAUCGGGUCGGCGGCAGUGCACAGUUGGGGAGCUGGAGUGGGAGAGGGGGUUGGGGACAGGACAGGGACAAGGGAGUUGGGACUGGGGUAGGUCAGUAGAAGGAGGGACCGGAGGGCUGGGGCGUGGUGGUGUAAGGGAGAAGCAGGGUGACGCAAAGGAGGGGGUUAAGUGAGGCAGGGGGCUAAGGUGAUGUAGGGGGAGGGUUGGGUGAGGCAAGGGGCUACGGUGACAUAGGGGAGGGGCAAUGGUGUGGUGUUGGCGGCGGCGUUCGCUGGCGGUGGCUAGAGGUGGUGGUUGUCGGCGGUGGUCGGCAGUAACGGUAAAUAAUCAAACCCGGUAACUCUAAGAGGUCGAAUUGAAUAACUAUAAUUAGUCAAAUUGGAGAUCUGUAAUUGACCGUUUGGGUAAUUGUAACUAGCGGAUUGAGUAACUAUAAUUAGGGAUCAGGUAACUGUAACUGACGGGUCAAGUAACUAUAACUGGCGGGGCGGGUAACUGUAAAUGACAGGUCAGGUAACUAUAACUUAUGGGUUGGAUAACUCUAACUGAUGUGUCAGGUAAUUGUACCCAAUGUUCUAAAAUUCGCUAGGCGCUAGUCGGGCAGUCAAACACCGCCUAGCGCCUAGGCGGACUAGACGCCGAUUAGUCGCCGACUAGGCGGCCAACUCAGUUUUAAUAGAAUAUUAUUAGGCAGAUUUAUUUCCUUGUAUGUUUAGAACUCUACUAUUAUAAAUAUACAUGUCAGGACUCCUAUUGGAGUACCUUUCCCAUUUAUUCUCACAUGGUAUCACGAGCCCAAAUAAAACCCUAAUUUUCUUUUCAAUCUAAGUCGCCGCCAUGACUUCCGAAUUCUCCACCACGGCGCCGCCGACUUCUCCAACUACACCACCGCCGCCACCGUUCUCCACGGCGGACAUCGGCACCUCGGCAUCGGACUUCUCCUCCCCUGCUCACCAUGUCGUCUCCCAACCGCAACCCCAGGCGGCGAUCUCACGUCCGGUUGGCAGCUUCCCCCAUGCCACCACCAACGACCGAAUACAUGGCAGCGUAUCCGUUCCCGCCGUAUACUGCGCCAACGCCAUAUUCCCUCUUCAACCCCUUGCCGCCGCAAUUCCCAUGGCAGCCGAGUCGCCCUCUUCUGCCACCGGCCAGUCCACGCCCCACGCCGCCACCAGCUUCUCCCUAUUUUGGCCCUUCGUUCGCUGGUUUUCCAGGAGUUGUCUGACCCCAGAAUGACAACCCUCUCUUCGGCUCUCCAAUGGCAGCCUUGGUGCAGGCUGUUUCUCCGUGAAUUACAAACGUGGGCGAGAUUGUUACCAUCAAACUCAAAGCAGUUGAAGAUUAUCUUACAUGGCGCACUCAAUUCAAAUCAUUCUUGGUGUCACAGGGUCUAUUUGGUAUGUUAGAUGGCUCUAUUCCGGUACCUCCCUUAUACACUCUGGAUUUUAAUAAUCAUCAAAUCGUUAAUACUGACUAUUAUCAUUGGCUUCGAGUAGAUCAAACAAUUCGUUCCUGGUUGUUUACUACUUUAUCUCGUGAAGUAUUAACUGAUGUUCAUGAUAUUAAACAUUCAAUGGGUAUAUGGGAGCGUUUACAGUCACGCUUUAUGUCUGCCAGUUUACCUAGAGCUAUGGAGCUUAAACGCUUAUUAUCUAAUAUAAAAAAGAAAUCUAAUCAAUCCAUGGACCACUACUUACGUGAUAUUAAAAAUCUGGCUGAUGCUUUAGCAGCAAUUAAUUCCCAUGUGACUGAGAAAGAAUUAUUACAAAGCACACUACAGGGACUUGGCCCUGAGUAUCUGUUUGUUACGGGUACUAUCUCACUGUUUCCCGAGAGCUUUCCACCCGACAUCCUUCACCUGCGCCUCAUGGAGGCUGAGCAGACUGUUUUGCAUCCACAACAAGAUUAUUCUUCCCCUCACCAAGCGUUUGCUGCUCCAUUGGGAACUGGGCAGUCAGGUCCUUCAGCGCCACGCGGCCGCGGCAGUCGUGGCAGAGACGGCAGAGGGCGUGGGGGUCGCGACAGAGGCGGGAGACACGGGCCGCAGCAGUACUACGCACCACCAGCUUCUACGGUGCAUUCCAGCCAGUCCGGGCCGAGACCUGCAGAGGGUGCUCUGUUCCAAGACCUCCUAAUGACGCAUCUGGUAAAUCUGUUGUGUCCACUUUAAAUAUUAAUGCUAAUUAUGCUUUUGGUACUCAUGGUUCUUCUGCAGGAUUCCCAUCUUCUGAGGGUAUUCUCGGGUCUAUUCCAUCCCCAGUUGUGUGUCAAAUUUGUUUCUCUGCAGGUCACUCUGCGAUGCAUUGUCCGUCUCGUUUUUCACAAACUCCUGCACCUGCGUUGAUUACUCUAAGUGGCGAAUCCAAUGAUGUUUUGUGGUAUCCGGACUCCGGUGCCUCUGCUCACAUGACCUCUUCUGAAGGUAUUCUGUCAAAUAAAUUCCCUUACUCAGACUCCAUGACUGUUAGUGUGGCCAAUGACACUAAUUUACCUAUUGCUAAUAUUGUAAAUAUUACUUUAAAUACUUUCAGUCGCCCCUUGUCAUUGAAAAAUGUUUUUCAUGUGCCUCAAAUAAAAUUUAAUUUAAUUUCUAUUCGAAAAUUAUGCGCUGAUAACAACUGUGUUGUUGUUUUUUAUAAAAACUAUUUUUUGUUAAGGACAAACUUUCGGGGGCAGUUCUUCUUCAGGCGCGACAUAAUGGUCAUCUCUACCCUAUCAGUCUUACAUCAUCUACACCGUUAGCUCUUGCCACAGUCACUUCUCCUGGCCCUGUGUGGCAUCGUAGACUAGGACAUUGUGGUGAAACUAUUUUUCACUUGUUGCAUCGUAGAAAACUUAUUUCUAGUUCUUCUAAUUUUGAACAUGAUUGUGUUUCCUGUCGUUUGGGUAAAUCUCAACGACUACCUUUUUCGGAUGCUAGUCAUACUUCUUCUUCC